AGAAAAGUCAAACCUUUACAGAUAAGCUUAUCCGUGCAUUUUAAGAGCAGUUUCAGCUCGUUAUGUCUUCAGGAUAAGUUUAAUACAUUUAGGAUCGUUUUGUAGGAUAGUCGGAGAUGGCGGCUGUCCUGCUGAAAGCGCUGGAGCGGGCGGAGUUGAAUAAACUCCCUAAAGGUGUCCAAAACAAGCUGGAGAAGUUUGUUACGGAGCUACAGAAUGCUAACGAGGCGCUCAGGACCCAACAGGAGAGAAUCAAAGCGGACUGUGAACAGCAGUACUUUGACAUUGAGAGGAAACUUGGAGAGGGUCAGGAGCAGAUCUUGUCUGCCACGAGAGACCUGCAAACACUCAAGGAGGAAAAUAAGAAACUAAAUGAAGAGCUGAGUGCUCUAAAGGGAAUUGAUGGAGACACUCCUGACGAUAAAACCCAGCAGCAGUCCAAAUCAAAGUAUGAGAUCGAGGCGGAAAAAAGAGAACUGGCGCGGCUGCUGGAGAAGAGAACACAAGAGGCGGAGAACCUUACUGAGGAUGUAAAGCGCCUGAAUGAGAAACUGUUGGAGACAGACAAAGUCAAAUUGGAGUUGCAUUUAAAACUGGAUGAGAUCCAUUCCUCCGAGACCUCUGUGCAGCACCGGGAAAAGCGCAUGGAACAGGAAAAGGAGCUACUGGAAAAGAAAAAUGAGUGGUUAUCCGCAGAACUGAAGACCAAAACUGAGGAACUGCUGAGCAGUAACAGAGAAACAGGCAAAGAGAUUCUGGAGCUCCGGGGUAGUCUAAAAACCAAGACCGAGCAGGUGACCAGGCUGGAAAGUCAACUCUGUUCUCUGAAGCAGUCCGGUGAAAACCAGCACAAACGAGCUGAAGACCUUAACAACAAACUGAAACGGGCUAAGGAUGAACUGACUACCAUGGAGGAGAAAUACCGGAAUGAGCUCAAUGCUCAUGUCAAGUUGUCUUCUCUCUACAAGGGUGUAGCAGCAGACCUGGAAACUAAAAACCAAGAACUGAGCAGGGCUGUUGAAGAACUCAGCAGAAUGGUUAAAAACACUACAGAAGAUAACAAAAUACUGGAAAAGAAGGUAUCUGAAGCAGAGGAGAGAAACACCCAUUUAGAAGCAGAGCUUCAAGAGAAGAUCAAGAAAAUGGAGAAAGAGAUGGAAAAUUCUAUGCUGAAGGCCUCUGGCAAAAAAUGCUGUGCGCCCUCUCUGACUGAGGAGCAGCUGGAGUCCAUGUGUCCGUCUGCAGCCGCCAUUGCCGCUAUUGUCAAGCCCGGAAUGAAGUUUUUUGAUCUGUAUAAUGCAUAUUCCGAGUCUCAGACUCAGCUGCAACUGGAGAAGCAAGAGACCGCAAGGGUGAACAAAGUGUUGGAUGAGGUCAUCCAAGAGGUGGAAUCCAAAGCACCUGUCCUCAAACGCCAGAGGGAGGAGUAUGAGACCAUCCAGGGCUCAAUGGCCUCCCUGUGGAAUAAACUGGAACACGCUCGAACGGAGAUCUACAGUUUGCAGAAAGAGAAGGACGAGGCCAAGCAACGUUGUGACGAUUUGGAGAAGGACAAGCUGAGGACAGAAAAACUACUGGACGAUACAUCUACACAAGUGUGUGUACUGCUAGUUGAACUUGAAGAAACCCGAGGUAAUCAAGUGACCAAAGAUGAAGGCAGUACAUCUAAUAUUUCUGGCCAGGUCAACAGGCCGCAUGAGAUUUCCUACCGAAGUGUAGAGGAGCUUCAAAUGCAAAACAGAAGCCUGCUGGGAAGGUUGAGGAAGUCUGAGGAGGAGAACACAUUGCAACAAACCCAUACAACAUCAGCACGUGUGUUAGAGUUGGAGACGAGUGUGGAUAAACUUCAAAAGGAGCUAGAGCAGCUGAGAGAGCAGAAGAACCAGCAGAAGCAACUUGCUGACUCCAAUGCGAGACAGAGAGACAUGUACAAAGCCUUGCUAUCACAAAGCACUGGAUUUAACCUGCCCUCCCAAGAUAUUCCCCACCCUGCACCCACUCGACCAUCAGCCCCAGUAACUCGUUCAACACCUCAUAGAGCUGCUGCUGCUACUGCUUCUGCUGAGUCUGCGCAAACCGCACAGGCUAAAGCUGCAUUAAAGCAGCUAAACGACUCCUUCACCUUGUAUAAAAAAGAAAAGGCAGAGAACGACAAAAUGGUGAAUGACGCUCAUGACAGACUGGAGCGGCAGCUGACACAGGUUCGCUCCAGUAAUGCCAAAUUGACUUCUCAGUUGGAGUUCAGCAACAAGAGGUAUGAGAUGCUCCAAGAGACUGUCACAGCGUUUCGUAGAGAGACCACAGCUCUCCAAGACAGGAACCAAAAAAUGUCUAUGACAGCCCAACGGCAUGAGCACAUUAUCUACACUAUGACGCAGGACCUGCGGCAAGCUAAUGAAAAACUGGCCCUUGAGGAGGUGCGUGUUGAGAAUUUGACUAAAGAGAGAGACAUGUUAAAGCAAGCAGAGAGUCGACUCAACCGAGAGAAAGAGGCCAUGUUGGCUGAGCAACGUAACCAAAACCUACUACUCACCAACCUCAAGAGCAUACAGUUAACUAUGGAGCGUACAGACGCAGACAUUCGUCAACGACUAAACAGUAAGAUUGAGAAUCUGGAAACAGAACUUGCCUCAAUGAAGACUCGACUGGAGCAGGAAGUAGCCCAGAGACAUACCCUUGGACGCAGUAUGGAUGCUCAGUUGGUCGAAGCUAAAAAACAACUUCAGACACAAAACACCUUGCAGCAGAAGACAAGAGAGCUUUUGAGGAACUCCGAACAGCAAGUGGCUACUCUGAAAGCUCAACUGUCUUCCAUCUCAUCUGAGAGUGUUAGUACCCCAGCAACCAGAGUGGCAACUCUUAGAACACCUGUCAGAGUGCGCUCUCCAGUUCAAACUUCUCAGCCUGGCCUGUCUGAGCUCGCAGAGGUCAAAAGUAAUCUAAAUGCUGCGGAGGAACAAAACGGCAAACUAGCAGAGCAGCUAAGUAUUGCUAAUGCUACUGUUGAGCAAUACAGAGCUGUGGUACUGUCUUUGGAGGACAGUCUGAAGAAUGAGAAAGAGCAACGCUCGCCGCUUGAGAUGAGAUUCAAGGAGUCACAAGACAUUCAGAAGCAGCUGGAAAACAGAAUAAUAGAGGUGGAGAAAAAGAAUCAGCAAGCACAAGAGGAGAAAAGGAAGGCUUUGGACGCACUUGAGAAACAAGUGAGUGAUCUCCAGCGCUGUCUAAAAGCCAGCCAAGUGGAGCAGCAGGAGGCGCUGGAGAGAGCUGCUAAAGCUGUCACUCUGGAGCAGAAGGCCAUACAGGAGAGCCUGUUGCAGACUAAGCAAGCUGGUGAGGCUCAAGCUAAGUACGAGCGAGAGCUGAUGCUUCAUGCAGCAGACGUGGAAGUCCUUAAGGAGUUAAAGAAAGCAUCGCAGCAAGAAGCAGCACGGAAGGGAGAGAUGGAGGAGCAAUUGAACAAGUGCAACUCACUUUUACAGGAGAAAAGCACAAGCUGGACAACUUUGGAGAAGCAGCUGAAGGAUGAAGUGGCCAGUCAGAGUCGGCGCUGCGAAGAGCUGGUACACCAAAAUGCUCUCCUGCACCAACAGAUGGAUGAAAUGGCUGCAAGGAGUCGUGAACAGCAACCACAACAGCAGCUUGACGUCUCAUUUAACGAGGAAGGGAAGACACUUGAACAGAUACAAGAAAUACUCAGGUUUGUGCGGAAAGAGAAGGAGAUUGCUGUGGCCCGAUGUGAGGCCUCUGAAGGAGAGGCUCUCCGCUACAAACAGCAAAUGGAACACCAAAACCAGGAACUUAAGGAGCUUCAGGAAGCUCUGAAUGCUGAGCGAGAGAAACUGCAGAACACAUCAAAGACCCUGGCUCAUAAAGAGACUCAGCUGAAGAACAUGGCGAAUAUCAGCACACUCCAAGAGACCAUCAAGAUGCUGAAAAUGGAGAGAGAGAAAUUGGAACAAGAACUGCAGCAUGCGCAGGCAAAAGUAAAGAAACUGGAGUCCAACAUUAGCCCACUACAUGAGUCAUUGUCUCACCUUUCUGACAGAAACGGCUCUCUGCAGGCUGAUAAAAGGUUGUUAGAAGAAGACAUCAAACACUUGAAGGCCAAAGUACAGCAACUUGUUAGCCAGCAGAAAGAUGGUGAUGUUGAGGAAAAGCAAAAACUCAGCGCUGAGAGAGAAGCACAGCAGAGGCGCAUCACCCAGCUUGUUGAAGAGACAGCCAAGCUGAAGACUGAGCUAACCAGAUCCAGCACCAGCACUAAUUCAGCCCAGUCUCAACUGAGAAGCCUAAGAGAGUCUAUGACCCGCCUAACGGCAGAGAGAGACACACUGAAGAGAGGACUCGCAACAAAACACAAUGAUAUUCUCGAGAAAAACAAGACCAUAACACAGGUGAAAAAGAUCGGACGGCGCUACAAGACCCAGUAUGACGAGCUAAAAGUCCAGCAUGAUAAGCUGGUAGAGGAAACUUCCGCUAAAACACAAGGUGAAACAAGCCAAGUGGAGCAGCAGGAGCUCACUAAAAGUCAAGAGGAAAUCACAAAGGUCCAAGAGGAGCUGACCACAUUGAAACGAGCGAUGCAGGAAGCCAAAAACUCUGAGCAGGAGCUUCAGAAUGCCCAGAAGGAAAACCAGCAAACCAAGGAGAAGUUACAGGAGAUUCAAAACCAAUUGACACUGAACCAGAAUCAGCUAACACAGGUUCAAGCCCAGUUGUCCCAAACACAGACACAAUUACAGCAGAGUCAGAAAGACCUUCAACAAGCAAAGACCUACACACAACAGAUGCAAAACCAACUGAAAUCAUCUCAAUGUCAGUCACAAGCCCGUCAGAACCAGAUUCAACAAAUGCAGAAGGAGCUACAGCAGGCUAAAGAUUCUCAACAGCAAAACCUUACAAAUCAGAAAAAACUACAAGACUCCCACCAACAGGAGAUUAACAAUCUUAAAACCUCCUUGAGCAAAGCAGAGGGUCAGCUGUCUGAGCUCAAAGGCCAGAUGGACACUCGGCAUAAGAUGAUGUCUGCGCAAGAAGCCGAAAAUAAACGACUUCAAGAACAGCUACAGGAAGUAAACCAAGCUAAUGAAGCUCUCAGGGGUGCACAGACUAACCAGAACCAGAACCUGUCCAUCCAAGCCAGUGAUGAUAAUACUGCAACCGAUGCAAAUCACCAAUUAAAAGAGGAACUUGCAAAACUCAGACAGGAGUUGUCUGAGAUCAAGAGCAAGGAGGAGCAGCUCAGACAACAGAUGGCUGACAAAGAGGAGAAGACUAAGAAGGCCUUCGUCGGCGCCAAGACUAAAAUUAACCAGCUAAAUACUGCAAAAGAGAAUCUGAGCAAGGAGGUGGAAGAGCUCAAGCAGUGUAAGGAGGAACUAGAAGUAAGGAUGAAUGCCUUGAAGUCACAGUAUGAAGGAAGAAUUCUUCGACUUGACCGGGAACUGAGGGAAACUCAAACUCACACUGAGCCCAGAGAGGAAUCCCAGGACCAGAGUGGGUCUAAGGUUGGUGAUCAGAACAGAUCUGUUGACCAAAGACAGAUCUCUUUGAAGAGUCCAGCCCAGGACAGAAGCAGCAGUUCAAACCUGUCUGAACCACCAACGGCCAAUAUCCGACCCACUCCAAGUACUCCUCCUAGCAACAAACCGACACCUUCCCCUGGCAGCAAGUCAACACCCCGUGCCAGCAUCCGACCUAUGGUUACCCCAGCAACUGUACCCAUGCCGACACCCACUGCCACUGUCAUGCCAACGACACAGACUGAAAGCCAAGAGGUGUUGAUGACUGCAGGAGCUGCUGCCCACACGGUCAUCUCCAGUCUUAAUACACCCACAACCAUAACGCAACCAACCAGCACGCAGGCAACAGCAUUUGUCCAGCCCACUCAGCAGCAGGCCGCUUCUCAAGAUGUAGGCAGCAGUAUAGAUGCAGAGCGACCAUCGACAUCCUUUGCUGUCAUUGGAGCAUCGAGUUCAAAGCGAAAUAGACAAGACGAGAUUGAGGAAGAGGAGAUGAGACCGGAGAGUUCUCACGCCCCUUCAACUGCCAAAAAGCUCAGAUUGAGACAAAUGAUUGCCCUCCAGAUGGAAGGUGAUGAGGAGGUAGAAGAUCUAAGGGAUGAAGGCCAAAGACAAGAUUCGCCUGACAAUAGUCAGGAGCUUCCAGAAGAUUUUUCUGCUAUCCCCGAAGAUGACGACAUGGAGGAGGAAGGGAUGUCUCAGUCUGUCCCUUCAGAUCGGACGUCCCCUCAGGGGUCAGGUCUGACUCGUGAAGUUAUUGUUAUCGACACAGACAGCGAAAGCCGUGAGAGUAGAGGAGAGAAACCGGAGACCACAGGUGAAGAAGAGGAGGAGGAGGAGGAAGAGGAGGGUGAUGAAGAAGAGGAGGAGGAGGUGGAGGGGGCAGAGGAGGAGGAGGAGGAGGACGACGAUGACGAGGAGGAUGAUGGUGAUGAUGCAAGUAACCUUGCUAUGAAGGAAGGUGAGGAGAGCAAUGAGGAAGAUGGGGAUGCUGAAGAGGCGGGACAGCAGCCAUCCGUUCCCACAAGUGCUGAUGACAAUGACUCGCAGUGUCCCCCUGAGCCGUCCAACACCAGUGAAGUCAGCAGCAACGAGUCGGAAGCCCAAAGAGAGGCCAUCCACACCCACCCAACUCCCUCCCCUUCCUCUUCUUCACUUACACUCCGCCUGCCCCAGCCUCGAAGGCCCCCGCACUCCCUCCCACCACGGCUCUACAUUCAACCCCCAGCUUCAGAGCUAGGCCCCCCCCACGCACAGAGACAGACCUCUCAACUCCGACGUCCAUCAGUAGGUCGAGGACCACAGCUGACGCCAGGAAUAGGAAGUAUGCAACAUUUUUUUGACGACGACGACAGGAUGGUUCCAAGUACUCCUACUCUGGUUGUCCCGCAUCGUACUGAUGGCUUUGCUGAAGCUAUACAUUCUCCUCAGGUUGCUGGUCUAUCUACCAGGUUUAGAUUUGGACCUCCUGAAGAUCUGCUCCCUCAGGCUUCAGCGUCACACUCGGACCUGGGACAGCUCGCCUCUCAAGGAGGUCUGGGCAUGUACGAGUCUCCACUAUUCUUGCCUGCUCACGAUGAGGAUGGAGGAGGAAGAAGUGUCCCCACAACACCUCUGCAAGUGGCUGCACCAGUGACGGUCUUCACGGAGUCUCUGCCUUCAGACAGUGGGGACAAUAUGGCGUCUCAAUCUGUUCCGAUGGUAACUGCUUCUACUGGGAUGUCCACACCAGGCGAUGAUGUCGAUGAGGUCUUCAUGGAACAAGAAGAAGGUCAAACUGCUGAGGCUUCUUUGGACAGCCACACUGACAUAGAGACUGCGGGACAGCAGAGUGAAGAUGCAUCACUUCCAUCCACCAGUCAAGACCCUGAUUCCUCGACAAUUUUCAACACAUUGUGCAACACCAGCAGCAGCGUCACUCAGAGGCGCACUGUGACCAGUCAACAUGUGAUGAGCAGAACCAGAGGGAGGGGUGAAGGACGCAUGCUGAUAAGCCGCAGAGGGGCAACUGGACGAUCAAGAGGCGGAAUGGGCAGAGGUAGUGCCAUCUAAAUAGCAAUUCACUGUUCCCGAAACACGACAUGGCUCAAAACACAAAUCCAUAAUGACAAACCAUUUAUUCUUGAGUUUGUUACACUCUAGAGGUUCACAAAAACACAAGAUCAGGGUUUGAGCUUUGUUAUUGUACAGUUAAUGGUCGUGUGAUUUUCUUCAGAUCAGAGUCAGUGUUUUUGUGCGUGUGGGUGCUGGUUCAAUGACUUAAGUCAUGCUGUAUUAGUCUUAUUUUUUCAAUAAUACCAUGUUCUUAUAAUAAAGUUGAUAACAAGAACUGUU